AUGACGGCCGGUAUUACGACGUCACACGACCAACUGUUUUGUGCGUGUUGUAUACUGGGUACGCUGACUUCACUAAACUCUUUCUCUUUUCAGCAUAUGAGAGUUGUGAAAGCUCCUGUGGUAGAUACUGCAAUUUGUGACACCUACACGAAACUGCUGCCAGGGCACUACAUCUGCAUGGGAGGGGUGCAGGACGUCAAUCGACAUUUCUGUAGAAGAGACAAUGGCGGUGCAGUCAUCCAAAACAACACCCUCAUUGGCGUAUCUUCCUACCUCCACUCCUGCGCAGCCUACACACGAACUCAUGCCUUCCCAAAAGUAUCUAGCUUCGCUCGAUGGGUGGAAUCUAUCAUUUGGGAUGACGAUACUCGACCCACCACAGUGGCAACCACGUCAGUCAGGGCUAAGACUACUAAAGACCUCGGGAACGCAACUGAAGAUAAUUCUAUUGAAGAUGAAGCAAGUAGUCCCUCAUAUGGAGACCCAAGAAAUUUUAUGUUAACGUUACCUUUUGAACCUAUAAACGUGCCUUUACAACCCUCUCAGGACAACUCUGUGUUACCUGGAUUAAGUUUAUACGAAUCGUAUCUUCAGAGCAGAGCUCGUGCAAAGACGUCUACGACACAAGACCCUGUUUUAGCUGAACAACAACGGAAUAACUUGGAAAUGGCGUGGAUGCGGAAAUAUGGUAGUGCAUUGAUGAUGAUGCCGCAACAACUGCUCCAGGGAAAGAACUUUGAUAAGUUUAACGAGUACACUUAGUGUUCUAAGUAGUUUAAGUGCUAAUUUAUAAAUUGAAGAAAUAAAUGUUACAAAAACCC